CUUUCUAGGUCAACAUUAAUGAAUCCCCAAGCUUCUUUUCUAGAUCUUCGGCUAUUUCUCGUGGCAUAAAAUUUAAGUGAAGAAAGAGGGAAAUCUCAGGGUUUUUGUUUUGGUUUCUUACCAUUUGACGAAUUCUGUUCAAUUAUUGCAAUGUCUUCACCGGCUGAAUUUUAUAACUCUCUUCCACCUAUUAGCAAGGCUUAUGGGACUGUGUGCCUAUUGACCACAACAGCCUCUCAGUUAGGACUAUUAAAUAUCUUUUACAUUGCGUUGCUACAUGAAUAUGUAUUCAAGUACUUUCAGGUGUGGAGGCUAUUUACAAAUUUCUUUUUCCUCGGGGAAUUUUCUAUCAAUUUUGGGAUACGCCUUUUAAUGAUAGCAAGAUAUGGAGUUCAACUCGAGAAGGGACCAUUUGAAAGGCGGACAGCUGAUUUCUUGUGGAUGAUGAUAUUUGGCGCUUUGUCAUUGUUGGUUUUGUCAGCAAUCCCGAUAUUCCGUACCCCUUUCCUAGGGGUGUCUCUCGUUUUCAUGCUUCUUUAUGUCUGGAGUAGAGAGUUUCCAAAUGCUCAAAUCAACAUAUACGGCCUUGUAACUCUUAAGGCAUUCUAUCUACCUUGGGCAAUGCUUGCUUUGGAUGUUAUUUUUGGCUCAGAACUCAUCCCGGAUCUGCUCGGGAUCAUUGCUGGACAUCUAUAUUACUUCCUGACUGUGUUGCAUCCUCUUGCAACCGGAAAGGUCUUCCUCAAGACGCCUAUGUGGGUAAACAAACUGGUUGCAAGAUAUAGAAUAGGAGCUCCGUCACGGCCAAGUAGUCGAUCCGCUGCACCGUCUGAUAGACCAACAGGUGUAGCUUUCAGUGGAAGAUCGUAUCGACUUAGUGGAUGAGUGCUGAUAAUUUGAGGUUGGUUGACAUUGUUAGCGUUUGAUCUCUGAUCAUCAGAACUAAAAAUCCGACACGAACAAAGAAGCAAGAAGUGUUGCAUAAUGAGAUCCAUAACAAAAGGAAGUUACCAAAUGGGUUCUUCCUAUUACUCAUGUAAUUUUCUUAGGUAAAUUAAACAAAGCCAGUCGUGGAUUGGUAUUUUGGACAUGAAUUGUUCUUUUUUAAAAAAAAAAUUGUUAUUUUUGUUA